CGUACAGGUGGUUAACAACGUAAGCAGUUUAACAAAAACAGCUAACUACCUGUACUUAUUCCAUUAUCUUCUUUUCGGCAACUGGGCCUACAGCUGUUCCCUCUCAUACAACUCCCUGUUCGUUUCCAAAUUCACCAUAAUAUUAGUGUCCAUAUCACCAUAUGCAACCUCACUUACUACUGUUUAAACAGUUGCGAUGAAUACUAUGUUAUCUAAUUACAUAGAAGGAACUUCUGAUUCUCCUGUGAUGUUAGCAUCGAGUAAUCCUAAAAAACGUGGCGGGAGAAAGAAGUUUCGAGAAACUCGACACCCUGUAUAUCGCGGAGUUAGAAGUCGGAAGUUGAGAAAAUGGGUAAGCGAAGUAAGAGAGCCGAAGAAGAAAACAAGAAUAUGGCUCGGCACAUUUCCAACAGCUGAAAUGGCAGCUAGAGCUCAUGAUGUAGCCGUUUUAGCCCUGAGGGGACGUUCAGCUUGUCUUAAUUUUGCCGACUCGGCUUGGAGAUUGCGGAUCCCGACGUCGACUAAUGCAAAUGAAAUUCAGAAGGCGGCGGCCGAGGCGGCGGAGGCUUUUCGAUCAACGUGUCAAGAUGGUGAAGUGGUAAUCGAGAAAGAACAAGUGGCAUUGCAAGAUUACUUGGAUGAGGAGGUGGCGGAAUUUGGGAUGCCAGGACAGUUGAUUGCCGAGAUGGCACAAGGGAUGAUGUUGCCUCCUCCCGAUCAGUACUACUGUGAUGGAGAUGUGGAAUUCUGUGCUGGCAUGUCCCUAUGGAAUUAUUAAGUAACUUUACAUAAUUUAGUUUUUUAGCUAAUUUUCUAGUGAAGAUACAGGGUUUUGUAUAAACAUAUCUGAAUUUAGUUUGGUAAACGGUGAGGUUUAGUUGUAAUAUGCUCUACUGUAUUCGUCCAGCCUAAUUACUUGUAUAUGUGCGGCAUUUUUUUA